AUGUGGCGUUAUUUUACGGCUAAGAAAACCAUGCGAUACGUAGACAUUUUACCCAAUCUGGUCUAUUCUUACAAUCACAGUGUUCACCGUAGCAUCAGGACAAGACCCGUGGACGUUACUGCUGGGAACGAGAAGGAAGUGUGGCACACCCUGUAUGAUGAGCAUAGCGUAGCGAAAAAUGAAAAGUACAAGUUUAGGAUUAGCGAUCAAGUGAGAAUUAGCAAGAUGAAACGAACAUUUGAAAAAGGAUACUUGCCGAAUUUCUCCAAAGAGAUCUUCGCUAUAAGCAAACAAAUACCACGAGAUCCUCCUGUGUACAAACUAAAGGAUCUGGACGGUGAAGAACUUAAAGGAACAUUUUACGAGAAAGAAUUGCAAAAGAUCAUUAAGGAAGAUGACGUCUACGAAAUUGAAAAGAUCCUAAAAAAACGUGGACGUGGCAAUAAUGUACAUUAUCUUGUAAAAUGGUUAGGGUACCCCAAUAAAUUUAACUCGUGGGUACCCGCUUCUGAAAUAAAUAAGAUUUAA